GAGGGAGGCAUUCAUGAAAAUGGCAGCCUACAUCUGGGUCGUCGUGGCGUGUAUUUCCACAUUGAAAUGCUUGCUUAUUCCUUCAUAACCAGUUGAAGCGGGAUUUAGCAUCAAGUCGAUCUACUGAUUUUGAAGUGCAUCGUAACUGGCUAGCCAUCACACACAGUCUUCCUGUUUCCAAAUGGUAUUUUGAGGACACUUCAGAAUGGACCCUGGAUUACCCACCGUUCUUUGCAUGGUUCGAGUACUUCCUGUCCCAGGUCGCCGUGUUCUUCGACCCUGAAAUGCUCAAGGUCGAUAACCUCGGCUACGCGUCAGCAGCCACCAUUCUCUUCCAGCGUCUCUCUGUCAUCAUAACCGACCUUGUCUUGGCGUAUGCAGUCAAAGAAUUUUGCCUAACUCUACCCAAGCCAUCCAUCUACCGCCGAGAGGAAGGCAUGCGAGGGUGGUCACAACCUGGCUUCAUCCUCUCCAUCCUUCUCAUCGCAAACUUUGGGCUUCUCAUCGUUGAUCAUAUUCAUUUUCAGUACAAUGGUUUCCUUUUUGGGUUAAUGCUAUUAUCUAUCACAAGAAUAUGCCAGGAUCGAACUCUAGAGGGAGCUUUUUGGUUUGCCGUGCUACUAAACUUCAAGCACAUCUAUGUUUAUGUAGCCCCAGCGUACUUCAUCUACCUUCUUAGGACGUACUGUUUUACUGCUUCAAAUAAAGAUGGAGGUGUGAAAUGGACAAGUUUUUCUCUUGUAAGAUUAAUCUGCCUUGGCGCUGUGGUGGUAUCUGUCUGUGCCUUGUCGUUUGGCCCAUUCAUUGCUAUGGGCCAGCUUCCUCAGGUCCUCUCACGGCUGUUCCCGUUCAAGCGAGGGCUCUGCCACGCCUACUGGGCACCUAAUUUCUGGGCCCUCUACAACGUGGCCGACAAGGCCCUGACCAUCGGCGGUAUCAAGUCUGGAAUGGUCUCUGGGGAUAUCCUCAAGCAGAAGGCGUCCAUGACUGCAGGUCUGGUCCAGGAGUUUAGGCACACGGUCCUACCUUCGGUCCCACCUAUAGCCACUUUUGUGAUGACAGGGCUUUCAAUGAUGCCAUCAUUACUCCACCUCUGGCGCUACCCCGGUGGUCCAAACGGUUUCAUCCGUUCCAUCACGCUAUGUGCCUUCAGUUCGUUCAUCUUUGGUUGGCACGUCCAUGAAAAGGCUGUCCUCUUGAUGAUUGUGCCUCUCAGUUUACUGGCAGUACAAAGUUUCAAAGAUGCCCAAGUCUUCCUAUUAUUAUCCACUGUUGGUCAUUUUUCGCUCUUCCCACUUCUAUUUACUCCAGCAGAAACACCAAUAAAAGUCUGUCUGAUGAUCGUCUAUACCUGCUUUUGUUUUCUAAGCAUGGAAUCUUGUCACAGAUCCAUCAAGCAUUCAUUCUCCCUCCCAUACCUCCCGCUGCUGAAUCCCAUAGAUACCAUGUACAUUGUGGGGCUGGUACCCCUGUAUGUGUAUUGUGAUAUCAUGCAUCCUCUAUUAGGGCUGUCAAAACAGCUGGCUUUCCUCCCUCUGUUAUUGAUAUCAGUGUAUUGCUCAGUAGGUGUUAUAUACUCAUGGUUGCGACUCUACUCUAACACACUAAAGAGAGGGGAUGUAAAAGUAGAACUUAGCAAGCAGGACUAGAUAUGUUUAAAAAAGAUGAAAUUAUAUACAAUGAAUUCCAAUCCAUGCAAUGAAAGUUAUCAUUGUCGUUAACUAAUGUUUUUGUUGUUUUCUUUGAUUAUAAAAUGUUUAUGAGGAUAGACAUGUAAAGAUUGCAUCGUCUGUUGAAUAGAGUUUGACACAUUCUAGAUGAUUGACAAGUACAUGCCUAUUUUUAUCUUCAAUGCUCUUCUUCAAACAUAAGCUUCAGUAAUGAUAGCACUGUUAGCAUGAAACUGGCAUCAUUAUCAGCUACCUGUAACAGCGCUGCCAAGUAGUACUGAAAUUCAGUAAUUAGACUUGAAAAAUUAGAAUACUGAUGGUUUCUUGCAAAAGACUGAUUUCUUAAGUUUCAGUUGUAUGUGUUGCCCUAUGAUAUUUUUGUAGAUACUUAUUUUUCUCACCAAAAUACUUAUUUUCAGUUUUUAAAAUACUGAAGUCUUCUUGUUCAGGUUAGUAGCUCUGAUGUAGAGUUUGAAUGAACAACAUAUUUAACAGGUUUUCAGGGUUCACAAGAAAAUAUAACUUAUAUAGAGGAUUUUUAUAUAAAACUAAAAACGUUUUGCCUUUUUCUCUGCCAUUCCAAAGUUUAUAUCACAAUUAUGACUACCUUGUGAGAUAUAGGUAUUUAUGUACAGUACACCAUACAUGUAUGUUCAUCAUUUUCAUAUGUCUUCCAAAGGCCUUCAUAAGGCCUUGCGUACAAGUUUUGCUAAAUCAAUUUUAAGUAUGUAAAUGUAGUUUCUAUAAUUUUAAACUAUUUGUUGUUUUGUUUUCUUCAUUUUAUUUCAUUUCAUUGCAAUGUUGAUGUUUCGACUCUUUGAUCUCUGAGCUGCCUGAAUGAAAAAUAAUGAUACAUGUAAAAGAUAUUAGGCACUUACAAAUAGUGCUUUCUAUCAAGAGAUGGUGGAAGCAUCGUGUUGUAGCAGUUCUGACUCUCGUUUUGUAAUCAGAGGGUUGUAUUCAAAUCCCACCCCGGCCUAGCGUCCUUUGGCAAGGAAUCAGUCCACACUUUGCUACUCUCAGAUGUUAAAUUAGUACCCGGUAGUAUGACGCCCCUGAAAUUUAGUUGGGAACAAGCAUUCCAUAAGUGUUUUCCAAGUUAGCCUGUGGUUACACGAUCAAUAAUGUGAAAAUUCAGUCUUUAUCUUUAAUAAAAACUGGUUACAAAAUAUAAUAACACAAACCUGUCAGUAUACUGUAAACUCUUAUGCUUUUAAUCGUGUCCUGUUACAUUCGGUACUGAUCUGAAAUUUCACAAAGCAAUAAAUAUCGCCACUGUAUAGGUGGUUUCAAAAUGAAA